CUGACCUCACCCACAGACAGGCUUUCUUUCAGCCAUGCUUCCCUUGCUUCAGAUACUUCCUCCAGUAGAGUUAGGAUGCCUUCACCAACAGAGCGAUAAGCCGUCUGAAGGCUACUUCCAUCUCUAGCCCGCCGACAAGAUUAGGGUACCUAGCGGUUGGGAAUACGAAGCUUAUGCUCCGUUCUUAUCGUUUACGCCCGUGCUUGGCGGUCAGCCACGAGGCCGCUAGGUUUGCUUCUGCCAGCGAUUAAGCGGCGAGCAUGCAGCGUCGAACAGCUAUUGCGAGACGGACCCGGUAGAAGCGUUUCUUAACAAGGUCGGCGAUCAAGCGGCGCUGUCAGUAACGAAAUCAUGAGGACGGUCGGGACUCACUGAAUGCCUGACGGACGAGGCUGCAUGCGUCGUCGUCGCCUCUCUUUUUCCUCCACAGCUAUUAUGCACGACAGUUCUCUACCAGGUUUCUGCUGUCAGCUCAACUUCUGAGGUGGACAUCCACCAAAUGGCCAUGAGGACAUUCGGACACCUGAGAUCGGAACGACCGUCUGACCAUCGUUAGCGACACAGGCCGCCUAGAGAGUCACUGUGUCACUUUUCUUCGCGUCCCUUGAGCCUUGCUUACGUACUAACACUGUCUUCCGUCUUUCGGCGUCCCCUCCUGUUCCUGCUAACGAGAUUGGGGUUGAGGCUUCACACCACCCUUGGGAACGCCGGUCGCAACAGUGGCAGUACCCGCGACUCUGUCAGCAGCAGCAUUGGUGCAGAAUCGGCUACCAUGCUUCCCUGAAAGGCUCCCAGUAGCGGAGACCGCGUGCCGAUGCAGCAGCAGCGAAACCUGCCUUGGACAACCCUGGAUUCGGUUAAGUUCGCUCGCUACUAGCAACCUAGCGGUGUGGUAGUCACAUGUGGGAACGUGUAAUCGUUUCAUGUGCAGAGCGGACGUCCCAGCCAGGAGUUCUAGAAGAAUCUGCGUCGCCCCUCAGCAUGACGAACCGAACCGUGACUAGUAGUCCGGAGCCAGCCCAGCCCAACAGAAACGCUCUGACAGCCUCGUCACCUGCUAUCGCACCUCGCCUGCGUCAUCGUACGGAACGUAGCGUCGCCUUGGCCAGAUGCCGCUAACUCCUCUCGCCCACGCCUACAUCGUCUCGUCACCGCCGCCUAGCCUCGUUCUCUCGUUCGCUUCUCCGCCGCGAAUAAGGCUUCCCUCACCUCGGUUAGAUGUCGAUCAGCUCGGCAGUGCGAUACACCGUCAUCAGACUUCCUACGCCUCUAUUAGUAGUCUCCCGGUUCUAGUCCACCGAUUCUAGCCCGCCGUUUCUAGUCCACCUAUCCUAGCCCGCCGAUUCUAGCCGGCCGAUCCUAGUCCGCCGAUUCCUGCCCGCCAAAAAGGGUGUGCGUUCUGUACUCUGCCACGGAUUACCAAACUUCUCAUCUACGUCCGACGGACGCCCACGAGGCUUGAUUCUGGGAGCGAUUGGCCAGCCAUCCUGCAGCGGCGUCGAAACGAUCAUUGCGAGAAACGGCGUUGAAGUGAGCGUUCAACGCUCAACUGGGAUGCAGCAGCGGGACGAGCCGCGUCGGGACAUGCAGCAGCGGGAGGCGGAGGUCGCGAGGAUGGACGCGAUUGAAGGGAUUCUCCCCCGUUGCGCCUCCUCGCUCCUCCUCCUCGCUCCUCCUCCUCGCUCCUCCUCUUUGGUCCGCUCACUCUCUCAGCUGCACUUCGCCGUCACCGGGACGGGCUGCAACGAGGGGAGACAGGCCGCCUAGAGAGUCAACGUGUGAAUCAUCUUCGCGUCCAUCCGUUCCCUUGCACGUGUACUAACACCGUCCUCCCCGUGCCUGAUUGCGAGGAUUCUUCCGGUGCUGGAGCUUCACACCACCCUUGGGAAGAACCGUGUCAAGGGAGGCACCUCCAACACUACCAGCAGCUGCAAGCAGCGGUGAUGUCUGUGGGUGCAUCAGAGGAGAGACGGUCUCUCCCCCUGCUCUUCCCCAAGACGUGCUGCAAGGAAGGAGAAAAGGUCUGUUGGCGGUCCAAGGGAGGUGGGGGGGAUUGUGUCUACAGGCCGCCUAGAGAGUCAUUUUGUCACUUUUUGCCGCGUCCAUCUCUGGCCUUGCUCGUGUGCUAACACCUCGUCUCUCUCUUCCCUUUCUGCGUGGUUAAUCUCCUCUUCGUUUUCCUGCUGGGGAGGCGUAAGAGUGUCUCAGAAGCUGCACACCAGCUGCAGCAGCCGUGGCAGCACUGGCGACUGUGGGAGCAUGAGAGGGGAUGUGACCUCUCUCACCUCAUGCCGUCAUCCCCUGCCUGUCUGACUCCAACUGCUUCCACCUUCAGCUAAGUACCUUCUCCACCCUGAACUUCGCUUUGCAUGCUGCGAGCUGCUUCAAUUCUUUCCUUGUUUUGAUCUCAUGUGCUUCCAUGCUGCCUCGUGUGCUUCCAUGCUGCCUCAUGUGCUUCCAUGCUGUCUCAUGUGCUUCCAUGCUGUCUCAUGUGCUUCCAUGCUGUCUCAUGUGCUUCCAUGCUGUCUCAUGUGCUUCCAUGCUGUCUCAUGUGCUUCCAUGCUGUCUCGUGUGCUUCCAUGCUGCCUCAUGUGCUUCCAUGCUGUCUCAUGUGCUUCCAUGCAGCCUCGUGUGCUUCCAUGCUGCCUCGUGUGCUUCCAUGCUGUCUCAUGUGCUUCCAUGCUGUCUCAUGUGCUUCCAUGCUGUCUCAUGUGCUUCCAUGCUGUCUCAUGUGCUUCCAUGCUGUCUCAUGUGCUUCCAUGCUGUCUCGUGUGCUUCCAUGCUGCCUCGUUUGCUUCCAUGCUGUCUCAUGUGCUUCCAUGCUGUCUCAUGUGCUUCCAUGCUGUCUCGUGUGCUUCCAUGCUGCCUCGUGUGCUUCCAUGCUGUCUCAUGUGCUUCCAUGCUGUCUCAUGUGCUUCCAUGCUGUCUCGUGUGCUUCCAUGCUGCCUCAUGUGCUUCCAUGCUGUCUCAUGUGCUUCCAUGCAGCCUCGUGUGCUUCCAUGCUGCCUCGUGUGCUUCCAUGCUGUCUCAUGUGCUUCCAUGCUGUCUCAUGUGCUUCCAUGCUGUCUCAUGUGCUUCCAUGCUGUCUCAUGUGCUUCCAUGCUGUCUCAUGUGCUUCCAUGCUGUCUCGUGUGCUUCCAUGCUGCCUCGUUUGCUUCCAUGCUGUCUCAUGUGCUUCCAUGCUGUCUCAUGUGCUUCCAUGCUGUCUCGUGUGCUUCCAUGCUGCCUCGUGUGCUUCCAUGCUGUCUCAUGUGCUUCCAUGCUGUCUCAUGUGCUUCCAUGCUGCCUCGUGUGCUUCCAUGCUGUCUCAUGUGCUUCCAUGCUGCCUCGUGUGCUUCCAUGCUGCCUCGUGUGCUUCCAUGCUGCCUCGUGUGCUUCCAUGCUGCCUCAUGUGCUUCCAUGCUGCCUCGUGUGCUUCCAUGCUGCCUCAUGUGCUUCCAUGCUGCCUCGUGUGCUUCCAUGCUGCCUCAUGUGCUUCCAUGCUGUCUCAUGUGCUUCCAUGCUGUCUCGUGUGCUUCCAUGCUGCCUCGUGUGCUUCCAUGCUGCCUCAUGUGCUUCCAUGCUGCCUCGUGUGCUUCCAUACUGCCUCAUGUGCUUCCAUGCUGCCUCGUGUGCUUCCAUGCUGCCUCAUGUGCUUCCAUGCUGCCUCAUGUGCUUCCAUGCUGCCUCAUGUGCUUCCAUGCUGCCUCAUGUGCUUCCAUGCUGCCUCAUGUGCUUCCAUGCUGCCUCAUGUGCUUCCAUGCUGCCUUGGGUGCUUCCAUGCUGCCUCAUGUGCUUCCAUGCUGCCUCGUGUGCUUCCAUGCUGCCUCGUGUGCUUCCAUGCUGCCUCAUGUGCUUCCAUGCUGCCUCAUGUGCUUCCAUGCUGCCUCGUGUGCUUCCAUGCUGCCUCGUUAUAUCUCUGGUCACUGGUUGGAGCGUGAAUCACAAGCCACAGACCCCCGUACUCCAGGUAAACCCCUCAGGUUCAGGUCCCCUGACACCCACCCAGGUUCCCCCCCCCAGGUGCGCUUGGGGUCUGUGGCUUGAAAAUGUGCCUCCACCAGUGGCCCCUCCCUUCUCUCACCUUUCAGUUUCUUAUUGUUUCUCUACCAGUUAUCACCUCUCUCACCUUUCAUUCCCUGAUGUCCACUAACUAACGCUGUGUGUGUGCACUGCUGGUGGUGGGGAGGGGCGUGGGGGUCAACACAGAUGCUCCGUAAUGUUCCUCCAACUGCAACACUGCACCCGUGGCAGUGGCAGCCGUGACAGUGGUGGCAGCCGCGUUGUCAACACAGCGUGGAGUGCAGGAAAGUGGUGCUCAACACAGCAGCAGCAACGGCAGCAGGGACGUCACAAAGCAGCAUCAGAGGAACCACCCCUGUACACGCGUUGAAGCUCAAGGCAGCAGCAGCAGUGGCAGAAGGAACUGCAGCAGCAGCUGCAGAAGCCCCAUCUCGCCCCACUAACGCCACGUUGCGAUCGCUUGUGCACUCUACUGGAACUCAAGUGAGCAGGGAUGCUAGCAGUGAUUGCUGCAGCGAUGGCUGCACUGGCAGCAGCGGUCACAGCUGCAGCGGGGGCACCAGCAUUAAGAUGACGACCUUUUAUCACAGAAUACAUGUUGGCUCGACUCACCAGCGCUCCAUGUAGGAGUGAUGGCGGCAGUGGCAGCGGCAGUUGCAGCGGCAGCAGGAGUCAUGGAUGUAGUGGCAACGGCUGCGGUGUUGGGGGCAGCAGCAGCGCUGGCAGAAGGAGCGACACACUGGUACCGUCCCUGCGGACCCUAGGGAGUUCGAGCCAACAGCAGUGGCCGUAUCAUCAGAGCCGAUGGGAAGUAGCAUCAGCAACCGGAGUCAUGGCACUGGGGACAACUGCAGCUGUGUCAGCAGGAGCACCAGCAGCAGUGACAAGAACAUGCAGCAGAAUUAUGAUGCCUCCACGUGGGGCUGAAGACAGCAGCAGUGGUGAUAAACGGGUGGCAGCUGUGGUGGCAGCUGAACAAGCGGCAGCACAGAGGCCGGCAGCAAGGGCAGCAGAAGCGCCAGCGGUGGAAGCACAAGGUUGCAAGCUCAGCUGUCAUUCGCUGAGAGAAGACGCGAUGUGGUUGACAGCUGUACCAUCAAUUCAUGCUAAUUAGCUAGAGGGUUGGGCUUUUCAUGCUUAGGUUAAUGGCUGGUAGUAACCCCAGCGCGUGUCUCUGGCUGGUAGUAACCCCAGCGUGUCUCUCUGGCUCGUAAGACCAGCGUGUCUCUCUGGCUGGUGACCCCAGCGUGUGUCUCUGGCCGGUAACCCCAGGGUGGAUCUCUGGCUGGUAACCCCAGCGUGUGUCUCUGGCUGGUAACCCCAGCAUGUGUCUUUGGGUGGUAUCCCCAGCGUGUGUCUCAGGCUGGUAGUAACCCUUAGUGUCUUUGGCUGGUAACCCCAGCGUGUGUCUCUGGCUGGUAACCCCAGCUUCUGUCUCUGGCUGGUUAUCCAGCUCAUCCGUCUGGCUGGUGUCUGCUGCGCAUGUUUGGAUUGGGCAACAGAAAGAAUAAUGACUAGAGUGGGGAGAUACAAGGCAAUAUAGUCUAGAGAGUUGUACCCACGAAGGCACAAACAUAUAUAGUCUACAACUUUUUACUCUGAUUCAGACUUUUUUCAGAGUUUUUUUGGGGGUGUACUCUGAUUCCAAAGACUU